AUGAACCCCAAUGGCUCGGCAGUUCUUGUAGGAGAAAGUGCAAUGAUGGAGUAUGUGAUCAAGUCCGGGCAGCUGGAUGGCGAUGACGGCAAUGAGGGCAACGCCGGUGACAAGAGCAAGGGUGGCAACGAAGGCGAUGACGGCAACAAGGGCAAUGAGGGCGACAAGGUCAAUAAGAGCGACAAGGGCAACGAACGAGUCGACUAA